UUUUAUCUUACUAUAUAUUGUUACUUCUAAAUAUAAUAUAGCCUUACCAUUAUUCUUGAUAUACUUGUAAUUCUAAUAAAUAAUUUAUACUGCUUAAAAGUUAAUAGUCAAAUUUAAAUUAUUUACAAGUAAAGUAGAAUUCAUACAUAUAUAGUAUGACAACAAAUCUAUUAAGUGUUGACUUUGAAGUCUUUGGAACAGUACAAAGAGUUUUCUUCAGAAAGUUUACUCAAGAACAAGGAAAAUUAUUAGGACUAAGAGGAUGGUGUAAAAAUACAACAGCUGGAACUGUUAUUGGUACAUUUGAAGGUCCAUCUGACAAAGUGGAAACAAUGAAAAAAUGGUUACAAACAGUAGGAAGUCCAGCAAGUCGCAUUGAUAGAGUAGAAUUUACAAGUGAAAAAAUAAUAAAUGACUAUACGUUUACUGAUUUUGAUGUCAUCAGAAAAAAAUUAAUUGUGUAGAAGAUUAUUUUUAAUAAUGUUUUUUUAACUUAUAAUAUUUCAAUUAAAAUCAAAUUAAAUUAAGAGUUAAAACUUA